UGCCCGCGCGCCCUCCCCACCCUCGCGCCGGGCAGCCGGGGCCCGCGGGGCCGAGCCGCCGGAUCUCUCCGGGACGUGCCGGCGCCGCGGAUGCCCUCCCGAGCGCUCGGAUCCCGGCGGCACGUCUGGGCGGCAUCACCCGGGCAGCCGGGAGCCCGUCCCGGCCCCACGGAUGGCGCGGGGCCGCAGAGCCCGGCACGCAGCUGCCACGUGGCGCGGGGGCAGGGGGAGGACGACGGGCAGACACACCCGGGACGCGCGCGCCGGAGGGCUCUCGCCGGCGGCCGGUCUCCGCCGCGGAGAUGCUGCGCGGGAGCGUCCUGCUGCUGUGCCUGCUGCUGCCCGCCCGGGGCCAGCCGCACCGCGACGAGGCCGAGCGCAUCAUGGGCACCACGCCGGUGAUCGACGGGCACAACGACCUGCCCUGGCAGCUCCUCAAGAGGUUCAACAACCAGCUGGGGCUGCCGGAGGCCAACCUGACGCUGCUCAACGGCACCCACACCAACAUCCCCAAGCUGCGCAGGGGGCACGUGGGCGGGCAGUUCUGGUCCGUGUACGUGCCCUGCGAGACGCAGGACAAGGACGCGGUGAAGCGCACGCUGGAGCAGAUAGACGUGGUGCACCGCAUGUGCGAGCUCUACCCCGGCACCUUCGCCUGCGUCGUCGACAGCGCCGGCAUCGAGCAGGCUUUCCGCGACAGCAAGGUGGCCAGUCUGCUGGGGGUGGAGGGCGGCCACUCCAUCGACAGCAGCCUGGGCGUCCUGCGCACCUUCUACCGCCUGGGCGUCCGCUACAUGACCCUCACCCACAGCUGCAGCACGCCCUGGGCGGAUAACUGGCUCGUGGACACCGGCAGCGAGCCGCCCUUGCACGAUGGCCUCUCGCCCUUCGGGCAGACGGUGCUGCAGGAGAUGAACCGCCUGGGCAUGAUCGUGGACCUGGCCCACGUGUCCGUGAAGACCAUGAAGGACGCGCUGACCCUCUCCAAAGCCCCCGUCAUCUUCAGCCACUCGUCCGCCUACAGCAUCUGCCCGCACCGGCGCAACGUGCCGGACGACGUGCUGCAGAUGGUGGCCGCCACCGGCAGCCUGGUGAUGGUGAACUUCUACAACGAGUACGUGACGUGCCGGGACACGGCCGCGCUGGCCGACGUGGCGGACCACAUGGACCACGUGAAGAAGGUGGCCGGCGUCGGGGCCGUCGGCUUCGGCGGCGACUACGACGGGGUCACGGGGCUCCCCACCGGCCUGGAGGACGUCUCCACCUACCCCGCGCUGGUGGCAGAGCUGCUGGCCAGAGGCUGGACGGAGGUGGAGGUGAGGGCGGCCCUGGCGGAGAACCUGCUCCGGGUGUUCAGGAAGGUGGAGGAGGUGAAGGCAGCCCUGGGGGACGCGGCCGCCCACGAGGAGCCCAUCGCCUUCGAGGAGCUGCAGGGCGCCUGCCGCACGCGCUACGGGUACCCCAGCCGCGCCGCCGCCGCCGCCCGGGCCCUGCCGCUGGUGCUGGCGCUGGCGCUGCCGGGCGCCCUGCUCUAGCGCCGCGGGGCGCCGGCCGCGACGGAGAAAUAAAGCUGUGCUCCGAGCCCCGCGGGCAGCGUGCGUCGCCGCCGGGACCCCCGCGCCGCCCGCGCUCCCUUGCCCUGGCAGAGGGUCCGGCGCUGCCCGGCUCGCCCCGCGCCAGCCCCCCCCCGUCCCCAGCCAGCCCCUGCCGCAGGCUCCGCUCCGAGCCGCGGCCGCGCCGGGAGCGGCACGUGGAGGCGACAGGCGGCCACGGGGCUGCCUCCGCAGGACACUUACGUUAAUCAUUAGCUAAUUAAUUGGCUGCUCCAUCA